GAGGAGUCCACCCCACCCCGCCCCGCCCGGCCCCAAACAAUUGUAGCCAGCGGCGCCGGCGAGCGGCGGCAGCCCCUCCGGCGACCGUCUCCAGCGGUCCUCCCCCCUCCAUUAUAUACAGCCUCCCUGCCGCCUCCAGUCCUGCCCGCCGCCCACCAACCAGCGACCUACCUAGGGUUCCCUUCCCUUCCCUUCCCUUCCGUCAGCGGCUAGCUCUCGCCCCUUCUGUUCCUCCAAUUACCCACUCCUGCCGCCGCCGUCCGAUGACCCAAUCAGCGGCCUGCUCCGCCCAGACUCGCCGCGGGUUCCAGCAUUAGCGGCAGCGGCCUGUGCGAUUCCGCCCCCAUUCCGAAAAUCGCGGAGGAGGACCAGAGGGGGAAACAAACAAUGGGGUGCUUCCACUCCACGGCCAGGGCCAGGCGGCGCUACCCGGGCUACGACGACCCCAUGCAGCUCGCCGCCCAGACCGCAUUCAGCGUCAGCGAGGUGGAGGCGCUCUUCGAGCUCUUCAAGACCAUCAGCGGCUCCGUCAUCGACGACGGCUUCAUCAACAAGGAAGAGUUCCAGCUUGCAUUGUUCAAGAGCAAGAUGGACAAUAUUUUUGCUAACCGGAUAUUUGACCUCUUCGAUGUCAAGAAAAGGGGGGUCAUUGACUUUGCUGACUUCGUUCAAGCUCUAAACGUAUUUCACCCUAGCAUUCCAAUGGAAGAGAAAAUUGAUUUUUCCUUCAAGCUAUAUGAUAUGGACAACACAGGGUUUAUCGAACGAAAAGAGGUAAAGCAGAUGCUUAUUGCCCUUCUGAGUGAAUCAGGAAUGAGGUUAUCAGAUGAAACCAUUGAGUCAAUCAUUGACAAGACAUUUUCAGAUGCUGAUGUGAAUCAGGACGGGAAAAUAGAUAGAGCGGAGUGGGAGAACUUUGUCUCACGAAAUCCCUCCUUGAUGAAGAUAAUGACUCUGCCAUACCUAAAGGACAUAACGACCACAUUCCCUAGCUUUGUUUUCAACUCGAAGGUCGAUGACAUCGUGACAUGAGUGGCAUGGUUUCUGUGACAUUUCACAAGGCCUGCGCGCAAGAGGGGAAGGACAUGUACAUCUAAUAGUAUAUCAAGGAGAGUCAUUUUUUCUGUUAGAGCAAAAGCAGUAAUGCAAGGAGGUUAAGAGAUGAGGGGAGGGUUGUAGUCUGAGAAAUUGGCAAGUUACCGCGAUAUGAACUGCAUCCAUAUGCUGCUGCUGUUGUUUGUUGUGAAAUGCAAUGUUAGUGCCAGAAUGGAAUUGUAUCGCCUGGAAAUCAAUCUUUUUUAUUUCUCCAGCGGCGUGUCAUGUUGA